AGCAUACUUGCUUACAUUUGAAUAGAUGUUGGACAAGCAUCAAAUGCACAAAAAUACAGCAUGCUGCUUUUUAAAACCUCAGUGUAAUGCUUCUGUACUAAAAUGCAAGUCUAAAGGCUUUUUUGGGUAAAUUUGUAGUCCAAGGUUGUCUGCUCUCAUCCAUGCUGAAAUGUGUGUUGUUUUCUAUGCUGCACUGCCCUUAAUACCUAAUUACAUACAGUGCCUAUAGAAAUAUUCACCCUUUAAGAGGUUUUCAUGAUCACAGUAGGUUUCAUUUUUUACACACCAUAAAUACUCUCAUUAUUUCAAAAUGAGUUUAAAUGAAUUACAAAAAAAAACAAAAUAACCCUUUAAUAAACCAUAAUUUACAAUUAUAUCAUCAGUGGUACAGCCAAUGCUUUUCCAAAGUCACAUAUUUAGUUAAAUGAAAAUCACCCAUGUGUAGUCAAUGGGUUUCAUUGAUUGUAGUACAGAUGCACUUGUAUCCAGUGGUCCCGUUUCUGGUGAGUCCGUAUCAUGGCAUAACCUACACCUUGAAGACUAAAGAACAACUCUGUGAAAACACAAAUCAGGGAAUGGCUACAGGAAAAUUUCAAAGUCACUGUUUAUCCCCUGGAGUACAGUAAAAUCGGUCACUGUGAAUUGGAAAGAGCAUGGCACAGUUGUAAAUCGGCCAAGAACAAGUUGUCCACAAAAAAUGAGUGGCCAUGCAAAAAGAACACAACUGCAGGAUGCUUACACUGGUGAUAUUCGCAGGUUUACAGUUCUAUCAUAUACAGUGGUGCUUGAAAGUUUCUUAACUUUUCAGUGUUUCUGCAUAAAUAUGACUUGCGACAUGAUCUCUUUUUUCAAAUAACUGCUAAAUGAGUAAAAAAACAUAUUGUUCAUUUAUUUGAGAGCUGUAGCUAUCCAGAGUACUUGUGUGGCAAAAGAAUGUGAAAUCUGGGUGGCUUAAUGAGGUGGUACAGUCAUUUGUGGAAAAAGGAAUGUGGUUAAUUUCUUACUAUUAGGAUCUUCUGAUUAGGGUGAGGGUACCCAAUCACAGUUCAAAGGUUUCGGGUGGUGGGGGAGAGUGCAGGACGUCUAUGCAUCCUGGCCUUCUCCCAACCAUCUGCUCCAUAUUUUCCCAAAAUUUUCAGGACAGUCUCUAGCCAUGUAUGUUUGCUUUUGGCUGGGUAGAACAUCCAGAAGCUUAGAAAAAGCUCUUUGAUGUGUACGUUAGAGUUGGGGGUACUUUUGCCUUCCAGGUCAUCAGGAUGGCUUUUUUUGGCAAAGUGUAGGAGUUGCAGAAGGCAUGAACGUUCAUAGGAGUUCAGAGAUAGGGAAAAUCGCGGGAUUUUAGGGUAGUCCCAAAAAAUGUGCAUGUCAUUGCCUUGGUCUAGGCUAGAGCAGUUCAAAGUCCCCAUAACCAAGAUGUAAAUAAUGUACAAACAAAUCUCCAUAUGUAACAUUACCUUAAAGUGAAGAAGGUUCUAUAAGCAGGUAAACCAUAUUUCAAGCCCCAUUUGAUCCUUUGUGCUGAUGAUGUAUAGUUUUGAAUGUUUUAAAAACUAUGAACUCUACAGUACACCUUAGUUCCAGCAGUAUUAUACUGAAAUUAGGGCAGUUUAUUCUAGCUGAGGUCAAGCAAAUCAUUGAUAUCUAGGAGGCAGGGCUGCACUUGAAAAUGCAACAUCUCAAUCUCUGGUUGGGCCAAGAUAUGCAGAUGGCAGUUAUUUGAGAGGAGUGAAUCUUGCCGUAGGGUUGGAUUAAAUGAUCGUAUAAAGUCUUGGACUGAAGCAGAAGAGCAAAGUUCAUAAUCUAAAACAGCUUGUUUCCUUGUGUUUAGCUGCACACCAGAAUCUACACUUUAGUGUGUAGCUGUGCACGUGGAAACAAGCUGUUCUUAAAUUAGAUCAUACCAAAUUUUAAUUUUGAUCUGUCUGGUACAUAUGGUGUAACUAUGUUAGUAAUCAGCCUCUAGGCCAGUGCACAGUGUUGAAUUGACAUUUAGGAGGGGGUGGACCAUUCAGCAAUGCCUUCUGCUCCUUCAACACCUCCCAGCAAGAGGAAGAGCAAGUUUUCUGGCUUUGGGAAAUUUUUUAAGCCCUGGAAGUGGAGAAAGCGAAAAAGCAGUGAUUCCUUCCGAGAGACACAAGAGGUCCUAGAACGGAAAAUCUCCAUGAGGAAGCCUCGCGAAGAGCUGGUGAAAAGAGGGUUAAUUGUGGAUGUCCCAGAGGAAGAUGUUAGUAUACCAUCUGAGUCACCCCCCCUGAGAAAUGGUCACAUGAAUGUAAAACAUGCUAACCUACCGGAGGACAGUGGAGGGUUAAAAAGGAAGACCAGACCAGACUCAACAGGACACCGUCCGAAAUCUGGAGAGACCACUGCGCAGCCCCGUUCUACUGCGGAAGUGGCCCCUAUGGAACUCCAUGCAACUGCAGACGUGUCCCCCAUGCAGCCACAAGCUAGUGCAGAAGUGGCCCCUGCGCAGCCCCGCCCUGCCUCUGAAGUGGGCCAGGUGCAGCCCCGCCCAAUCUCUGAAGUAGCCCCAAUGCAGCCCCGCCCAAUCUCUGAAGUGGCUCCUGUGCAUCCCCGCCAUGUACCUGAAAAGACUUCUGAAAAGUAUCGCCCUAAAUCUGAAGUGGCCCCUGUGACUUCCCGUCCAACCUCUGAGGUUGCCCCAGUGCAGAAAGUGUCCAGAGAUUUCUCAAAGCAACCCCUUCUACCCCCAAAAAGACCACUUUCCAGCUCCACUUCAGUUACUCAGGAAUCUGCAGUGGGAGGACAAAAAUUUGAUCCUAGCACCCGACCGCAAAGCUCUACCCCUGUGCCCACACCACGGACCAUUCACCCCCCUGUGUCUUCUAAACAACCACCUGUUCCUCCUCCUAAACCUCAGAAUCGUAACAGCAAUCCAUUAAUGGCUGAGUUGAGCUUGGCACUUGCUGGAAAUACAUUAUCACCUGCUGGCUCUCGUCCUUCCCCACCUCUUCCUCCAAAGCGUGCGAUGCCCCCUUCCACAGAUGCUGUAACUAACAAAGAAAAGGCCCUUCGCCCUGCCUCUCUUCCUCCUAUACCAGCAAAUGAAAUUGCUGCACCAUCUCCUCCAUCGCCACCUGUCUCCUCUCGCAUUCCUGCACCUAAUCCCCCAGUUCCUCCUCUUACCCUUGCACCUCCCAUCUCCGAGGUGGAGAAAGAGCGAUCUGCAUCCCCUAUACCUCUUCACAUCCGCAUUCAACAGGCACUGAACAGCCCCCAACCUCUGCCUUUGCUGGAUAGUAGUCAGCGAGCGCAGUCCCUGCUUUUUAUGCAGCAUGAGGUGGGGCCUUCUGAAGAAGGAACACGUGUGAGGUCGCUUCCUGUCACUAUUGAGCUACUCAAAGUGCCUGAUGAUGAUGAUGAUGAAGAUGAACUUAGCCUGGAAGAUGAAAGCUUGUCUCCAGAUUCUUCUGAAAGUCACCCAUCAAGGGUUUACAUUGGGGAUGUGCCUUCAGUGACUGUAAUACCAAGCUAUUUACCAACAUGUGUGCAGGAAGAGGACGAGGAAGAAGGAGUCAGUGACACUGAUUCAGAGGGACCAGUCCUCUACAGAGAGGAGGAUGAGGAUGAGGAGGAAGAGGAAACAAGUUCCUUAGCCAAUAAGGUGAAGAGGAAAGACACACUGGCCAUGAAGCUAAGUGGACGGAUGGCUCCCCAGGAUUCUAACACUGAGCUUCCUCAUCGAAGCAAGGACGAGUGGAACCAGAUCCGGCAGCAGAUUGGCACCCAGCUGAAUCGACGGUUGAGUCAGAGACCUACUGCUGAGGAACUGGAGCAGAGGAACAUCCUACAAAAAAAUGAAGCGGACCGUCUGGCAGAGAAAAAGGAGAUUAAGAGACGUCUAACACGCAAGCUCAGUCAAAGACCAACAGUUGCAGAGCUGUUGGAAAGAAAGAUACUUCGGUUUAACGAGUAUGUGGAGGUGACUGAUGCUCACGAUUAUGAUAGAAGAGCAGACAAACCAUGGACCAGGCUAACCCCUGCUGAUAAGGCUGCAAUCCGCAAGGAGCUGAAUGAGUUCAAGAGCACAGAGAUGGCUGUUCAUGACGAGAGCAAGCAUUUCACACGGUUCCAUCGACCUUAGUCUGCUGCAUUGGGAGGGGAGCAAAGCAGUGUUAGAGCAAAAAGCACUUAUGUACCCCUCAAGCUGUGCCAACACCAAGCCUGCCCUCCCACUGGCAUACCUCAUUUCUGCAUUCUGAACCGUGCAUGCCUGGGGGACUAUCUGAUUAGAACUACUGGAGACUGGACUGUAGCUAAGUUGUAAAACUGGAAGAAACAUUCCCUUUUACUUGUGGGCAUCAGUUAACCAUUUUUUUUCCAUGCAAAAUGGAUAUUACAUUCCUCCUCUUGUUGUCUAUGGUUUCCCAAGGUGCCUUAUUGCUGAAAUACUGAGGGUUAGGGCUGGUCCUCCCUCCUUUCUUUUUAAAUCUCAAUAAAUGUCACAGGGACCCAGAAGAUGCCUCAUUGAUGUGACAUGGUUUCCAUUGCCUCUUUUUCUAGGGCUUCCCAUUUUUCAGGAUUGUCUCAGGGAAUAAGGCUUGUAAACAUGUAUUUUAAAUCAUGCUGAAUUGGUUAAUUCUACAGUUGGCUGCUUACAGAAUAUGUACCCAAGCCCAUGAAAUUGUCCUGUAAAUAUCCAGCAACCCGACUGAUUACAAAAUUAACUGAUAAUGGUUUAAUCUAGGAACAGGGCUUCCCCUAUUGACACAUGGCACUACAGAUUUGUCUGUGUUGUACUGUAUCUCCAUAUAUAUCAGAACAGGCCACCAAUGGUGGGAGGCAUUUCUGCAGUUGGUUCCUAAUAAGCCUUUAUAUGUUUCUUGCAUGUAAUGGAGGCAAUGAAGGUAUAACACUAAGCCUUAAUCAUAACUUUAAUGUACAUUAUUAACCUGUUCACUGAGAUGGAAUGAAUGAGAUAUUAUUUAUCUAAAUAAAUACAGGUCUCCUCCUAACAUCACCAAGUGACACACGCAACUGGAAAAAUUCUGCCCAAAUUUGUACAUAUACUUGGAUUUGAAAUGAGUCUGUAUAUGUUUGACUAGAUCUGAAUUUUAAUCCAUAAAAUAAAAAUAUUAUUUUAGUGA